AUGGACACAUUAUCGCUGUGUUCUACCCCAAGCGGAACUAAAACUAGCGGUAGAAGUUCUGUCGCAGGCUCCGCCAGCAUACAAAGUCAUGUGUCUGCGGCCAGCUCUCAGCAUCGUCUUCGCACCUCUUCGUACGCAUCCGACACCACUCAGCCAUUCGACUAUCUGCAUGAUGAGAUACCGUCUAGUGAUAUCUGGAGUUCUCCUUUCUCUCGCCUCUUCUCGCUGACUUUUCCGCUGGAGAAUAACGCCUUACGCCAGCCUUCGGGCUUCAUUCCGUGUCUCAAGUGGAUGCUCUUGGUGUAUGCUGGUCUCUGCGUUGUCUUUCUGUCUGUCACUCUCUGUGCCAAGUGCCGUGGUCACUAUUCUGUCGUACCGUCUUCCAUUAAUACUACUCGGUCACCAUCUCCUCUAGAAAGUCUCCCAGCCGACCUUCUCCUGUCUAAGGCAUCAUCUAUUUUUCCACCCCCAGAAGCACUGGAUCCUUAUGUGCUGAAGGCUGUCGUCGAACCUAGCGCUGUGACUGGCUGUGUAUGGUCUAGCGAUGACGAAUUGACCUCUCUCAAUAACUGGGCGACCCGUUGGAAAGGACCAAUCUCACUCCUUCUGACAACGACCGCAGUUCCUUCUUCCCCUGAACAUGAAAUGCUUCUGCGAAGGCUCUCAGCUCUGCAGACUAAGAGCUCGCUGCUCAACUCAACCCUCUCCGCACACGUCCUCCACCUCGCACCAAACACGCCGGAUAACCCCAACGCCUUCCUCAAUCUGGCGCGUCUCUUCGCACAAACGGCCCGCGUCGCGCUUUUCCCGGGGAACUUCACCACCGCGCCACCAAAAACGCUGUACGCAUCCGUACUGACACAGCCGACCGUAUCCUCCGCGGCCAUGAUCCCACCGCCGCAAGCGCGCCCACAUGCGCAGCGUCCCGUGGUGCUUACCACGCGCGGUCAGACCGGAUUCCCGUUCUCGCCGCUCGCGCCGCUUGUACUCAACCGUGACGACCCGUUGUGGUGCACCGAGCGCUUCUUCCCUGCCCUCUCGCGCGCGGCAGAUUGGGAGGAGUGCCUUUGGCAGGUCUGGCUCGAGAAUUUCGGCGAUAUCGACGUGCGCCAAACACGUGGGUGGCUGCACGAGGCGCAGCCUACGUCCGCAUCCGUGUCAGCCGAUUUGACUGUUGUGGCCAAGCUUCGUCGCCGGUUGGUCGCAAAGUACCGGAGCGAGACGUGCGUUCUCGCCACGAGACAGCUCGCAGCACUGAAGGGUCCCGACAAGGCUCUGGAUGCGAAGAAGAGGCGAUGGCUCAAACGGGUCUGCCGUGCAUGGACGUCGGCGGCGCAAUCGUGA